AUGAGCGACAGCGCCACCGGCGAGGCCGCCCUCGAGCAUGGCGAGAAGCAGGAGUUCCACCAGGUCAACAACAACCUCAACACCGACAGCGACACCGAAGCCGUGACCGCCCGGGGCGUCGAGGCCGACAACAUCCCCUCGGGCUACUGGUACUCGUACCGCUUCCUCGGAACGUUUUCAAGUAUCGUGCUGCUGGCCGCCUCGCUCUUUGUGAACUUUAACCUUCCUGCCUCCGCCAUCACCGUCAUCAACGAAGAUCUCGGCUCCUCGCCUUCGUACAUCUGGAUCACCGAUGCCUCGACCGUCGUGACCUGCAUUGGUCUGCUCAUCGUCGGCCGUCUCAGUGACAUUGUCGGCCGUCGGUACUUCCUCAUCGGUGGCCAGGUCUUUGGCGUCGUUGGCUCGGCCAUCUGCGCCAAGGCCACGUCCAUCAACAUGCUCAUUGCCGGCGCCACCAUCUACGGCGUGGCCACGACGACUCAGCUCACCUUCCCCUUUAUCGUCCACGAGAUCGUGCCCAACAAGCACAGGGGCAUUGCCCAGGCCAUCAUCACCGCCCUGGUGACCCCCUUCGCCGGCUUCGGCGCCAUCAUCGCCCGUGAGCUCAUCGAGUACAGCUCCUUCGGCUGGCGCUGGUGCUACAUGAUCAACGUCAUCUUCAACGCCGUGACCCUCGUCCUGCUCCUCCUCUGCUACUUCCCGCCCAACCUGAACCAGCUGCACACCAAGUGGACGUGGAAGGACGAGCUCAAAAAGCUCGACUACGGCGGCAUCCUCAUCUUCACGGCCAUGUCCGUCCUGAUUCUCGUCGCUCUGAACUGGGGCGGCAGCACGUACCCCUGGACCGACGCGCACGUCCUCGCCCCCCUGAUCAUCGGCUGCGUGCUCGCGCCCGUCUUCGCGCUGUACGAGACCUACGUGCCGCUGACGCAGCCUAUCCUGCCUGUCAAGCUGCUGAAGAACCGCGCCUACGUCGCCAUUGUCAUUGUCGCCUGCAUUGGCCAGAUGGCCUACUUUGCCCUCGCCAUCCUGUGGCCCGAACAGAUCUCGAACCUCUACACCACCGACAACAUCACCAUUGGCUGGAUGUCCCUGACCUCGGGCCUGUCCCUGAUUGUCGGCGAGGUCAUCUUCGGCGUCCUCAUGAAGCCCCUGGGCCACACGCGCAUCCAGCUCAUCAUCUCGACGUGCACGCUCUUUGUGUUCCUGGCCGCGCUCGGCGGCACCACGCACAAGAACCAGAACUACGCCAUCGUCUUCACCACCAUGGCCGGCUUCUUCUCGGGCUGGCUCGACAUUGUCACGUCCGUCGCCAACGGUCUGGUCAACGAGCCCGGCGACCUGGGUCUCGCCAACGGCUUCCUCGGCUCCAUGAAGCAGCUCGUCGGCACCAUUGCCGUCUCCAUCUACGUCUCCAUUCUGUCCAACCGCUUCGCCGUCAACUUCCCCAAGGACGUCAGCGAGGCCGCCCUCAACGCCGGCCUGCCCGAGUCUUCUUUGGCCGCCACGUUCGCUGCCCUCACCAACGGCACCGCGGCCGCGCUCGACGCCGUGCCGGGCAUGACCCCGGCCAUCGAGGCCGCCGUCGCCCAGGGCACCAAGACCGCCUGGGCCUCGACCUUCACCACCGUCUACUACUCUUCGCUGGCGUUCACCGGUGUCGCCGUCAUUGCCGCCUGCUUCAGCUCCGACAUUGACAAGUACAUGACCAGCUACGUGUCGCGCCGUAUUGCCGGCACCCAGGCCAUGGACGUGCCCGCCGAGCUGACCUUUAAGAACGGCCACCUGACGGACGACGACAACUAA